CCUGCUGAUACUGCUAUCUUGACAAAAUAUACAUUAUACAACACAAACAGCGAAAUAUAAAUCAUGGAUGAUAGAGUAGGAUCAUAGUAAAAUUAAAUCGCGAUUUACAAAAAACUUUUAGGGUUAUUUAUUUACCUUCGAUUGAUAAUAAUAUAUUUUAUAAUAAACUUUAUAUUAUAACCAAAUUACCUUGUGCAAAAUAAGUAGGUAUGUCAGUUCGAUUAUUUCAAAGAUUCAUUUCUUCAAUUAAACAAAAUCUGCCGAAACAUGCUAAACUUGUAAAAACAGGUCCUCUUAAAUUACAAAUUGAAACAAUGAGUGUAGCAACAAAAGAAAUAGAAAACGAUGAUCAACUAGUAGAUAAACAGCGUACACGGUUCCAACAACGUCAACGAAAGCGGCAAUGGGAGUUUAAUGAAAAGAAAAAAGAUAAUGGUGAAUGCGAAGCGAAAAGGCCAUGCGACCAACCAUUUGAAAGAAUUAAAAGAAAAAAAAUGGCUAUGCUGCUUGGGUAUUGUGGAGUUGACUAUUUUGGAAUGCAAAGAAAUCCAGGUGUUAAAACAAUUGAAGAGGACUUAUUACAAGCAUUGUUAGGUGCCAAAUACAUUACAGAGGAAGAUUUUGCUAACCAACAAAAUGCACAAUUUCAAAGAAGUUCUAGAACAGACAAAGGUGUUUCAGCUGCUAGACAGGUUGUGUCAGUCAAACUACCUCUUGAAGUCAAUGUAGAUGAAAUAAACAAAAGACUUCCAGAAUGCAUCCGAGUAUUUGGAAUAAAAAGGGUGACAAACAAAUUUAACUCAAAAUCAAAGUGCAAUGCACGGACAUAUAGUUAUACUCUUCCAACAUUUGUAUUUGAACCAUCAGUUUGCUCAGAUCAAGAAAGAAAAGUAUACAGAAUAUCAGCAGAAAAGCAGAAUUUGGUGAAUCAGUUACUAGGUCAUUAUAAAGGGACUAAAAGUUAUCACAAUUUUACAGAAAAAAAGCACCAUCAGGACCCCUCAGCCUCGAGAUAUAUGAUGAGCUUUACAAUGAAGAAGAUCUUUAUUGAAUCUGAGGUUGAAUUUGCUGAACUAUUAGUUAAGGGACAAAGUUUCAUGUUACAUCAGAUAAGAAAAAUGGUGGGUUUAGUGAUAGCUAUUGCCAGAGGGCUAGCUGAUCAAGGAAUGAUGGACAAAGCAUUUGGAAAAGAAAAGGUGAUGAUACCCACAGCUCCUGGCCUCGGGCUCAUGCUUGAUAAGGUACAUUACGAACGAUAUGAUACCCGCUACAAAGAUUCCCAUGAAAGUCUUACCUGGGAAGACUUAGAUGACACAAUUGAAAAAUUUAAAAUUGAACACAUUCACCCAAAUGUUGUAAAAGGAGAAAUAGAAGGAAGGAAUAUGGCUCAUUGGCUUGAAAAAAUUGAAAAGCACUCAUUUGAUCCAAAUGAUUAUGUUAUGGAUGAUAAAGAUGACAACAUUCAAGAUGAUGAUGAUGAUGAUGAUGAGAAAGUUGAUGCUGAUAUUGAAAAUGAUGCAAACGAAAGAGUAAUAGACAUUGACAAAAACAAUGCUGACAGAAAUGUUUGUGACACAGACAUAAAAAAUGGUGAAAAAGUUGUUGAAAAGAUUGACAGCAAUAACAGUGACCGUGUGGUAAAACAUAAUGAUGGAAAUACUGACUCCACUGAUGUAAAUAGUGUAAGUGAAGAUAAAAAAGAAAGUCCUUGUGUACAGUAGAUUCAUAUUUGUAUGAUAAAUAAUGUAGCAUUU